CCAUUCUUCGCAGUCGUCGCCUCCCACUCCCCCACUUCCUCACUGCCAACCGGGCGCGAUGGAGCUGGAGCUCGAAGCAGGCGGCGGCGGCAGCGGCGGAAGAGUGGUUUCCCUGUCCAGCGAGUCCCCGACGGCCGACCUCGGCCGCGGCGACCUGGUUACGGCAGACCUCAACAUGUCGCGCCGCCACGUGUCGCUCCGCCUCGUGGGCGGCGGAGAGCCUAGGGUCGCCUUCGAGGUCGUGGGGAGGAACCCCGUGCUCGUCCGCUCGUCAGUCGGAGGAGACAAGGUGUACCGCCGCGGCGAGGCGGGCGAGCUCCGGGCCGGGGACGGGCUGUCUCUGUCGCUGAAGGCGCCGUCGUUCUGGACGGUGCGGAGGACGGGCGGGGAGGAGGAGGCGGUUGCGGGUGCGGAGGUGGAGGUGGACACCGCGGUGCUGGACGCGGUGGCGAGGCGGGAGAAGCGGACGCGGGAGAGGAAGGAGAGGGAGAGGCGAGCGACGGAGGAGGCCAUGGAGGUGACGAAGGAGGAGGUUAUGGCGGCGUCUGGUGAUGACGAGUUGGAUGAGGAAGUAGAGGAUCUGAAAAUUGAUCUUGAUAGCAUCGACCCGGUUCAAGAGUUCGGUUUUUUAUCGAUGGGUCAUGAAUUUGACAAUUACCCUAAGGGCAGGAUUCGCCCUCCGAAGGAUUGGAACUGGUUCCUAGAGGAAAUAAGGAAGGGUAGCGAUGAUGAAGAUGAUGACGAUGUUAGUAACACGGGACGUAAAUCAAGGGGUCGUAGUGGUGUGAACAAGAAGAAGAAAAAGAGAGAGGGUGAAGAUGAUGAUGAGUGGACUGAUGAGAGCGAGGAUGGAAAAGACUCCCUGCUAACAGGCGCUAGUGUGAAGAGACCAAAAAAGUAUGUAACAAGAUCGAAAGACCCCAAAAAACCUCGCAAGGACAACUCUAAAACAGAAAAUGACGAUACCAUGGAUGAACAGGAUGAGACAGAUGAAGAUGAUGAAGCAGAUGAGACACUGGGAGGUUUUAUAGUCGGAGAAGAGGAUGAGCCUAUGGAAGAGCUGAGUGAGGAAGAAGAGGAAGAUGAAUUCGAUGAUGAAGACGAGGACGACUGAUAGCAACGUCGAUAAAGCUUUUGUGCUUUCAUGUCAAGGUGUGAUGAAUUCGAUGAUGAAGACGGCGAUGACCGAUAACACUGUCGAUAAAGCUCUUGUACUAUCAUGUGAAGACGUAAUGUUAGUGUUAACAAGUAGCAUCGUCACGUGCUGAAACUGUGUACAUAUGGUGUGUUUUUCUGCUGCUGUCUGGAAACUGCUGUAGAAGCGCUUAUUCGGCUGUUGUUAUAUCCAGUUACUUUUGUUUGCUCAAGUUAUGGAUUUUCCCUA